GUAUCACAAUGAGAUUGUGAAGGUCUAGCGGAUGACCUCAGGUGGUCCUUGCCUUGUACCUUGUUCCAAACAAGAUCUCUUUUUUUUUUCACCACUGUGUACACCUGACCUUCAAGCUUCUUGAUUCUUCUGUCUCCACCUUCUAUCUUGCUGUAUGGGUACUGGGGUUAUAGACAAUCGCUGUUGUGCCUGGCUUUACAUGGGCUAGAGAUUUGAACCAAGAUCCUCACACUGGUGUGACAAGUGCUUUAACCACUGAGCCAUCUCCCCAGCCCAAGAGUGCUUUUUAAAUGGAAACUAUUGAGGUGACAUUCUGUGUGUGACAUAAGAAAAAGAUGUCUGAACUCAGCUGAUGAAGUUCCAGCAUUACUACUGCUGUUAAUAACAAUCAGAGGCUUUGAAGAAAUUGGUAUCUCAGAAAGUGACACUUCAGUUCUCAUUGUUUACAUUGAAGAGGGAGAAAAACAAAUACACCAAGAACACCUAAUAUCUCAAGUGGAAGGCCAGCAGGUGCCUUUGGAAUGUCUUCCAGAAAUAACAAAGCUCUCAGAAGUGAAAAAGGAGUUAAAGUUCCUCGGAAUUUUCGCUUGUUGGAAGAACUUGAAGAAGGACAGAAAGGAGUAGGUGAUGGUACGGUUAGCUGGGGCCUUGAAGAUGAUGAAGACAUGACACUUACAAGGUGGACAGGCAUGAUUAUUGGGCCACCAAGGACAAACUAUGAAAACAGAAUAUAUAGCCUGAAAGUAGAAUGUGGAUCUAAAUACCCAGAAGCUCCUCCAUCAGUUAGAUUUGUAACAAAAAUUAAUAUGAAUGGAAUCAAUAAUUCCAGUGGAAUGGUGGAUGCACGGAGCAUACCAGUGUUAGCAAAAUGGCAAAAUUCCUAUAGCAUUAAAGUUGUACUUCAAGAGCUAAGACGUCUAAUGAUGUCCAAAGAAAAUAUGAAGCUUCCACAGCCACCAGAAGGACAGACAUACAACAACUGAUUUUAGUGAAUCUCAAACUUGUCUUAAAUCAACAACCUUCUACUCAUGUUAAUGUCUUGAUUAAAUAAUCACCAUGCAAAAUACCCACACAUUAAGUAAAAGAAUUCCAGCUGGUAAACAUGAUCCGGACAGUUGUAAGAAUAUAUUUAAUAUAUGUACACCUAUUAUGUUUUCAGGUAACAGAAGUGCAGCACAAUUUUUCUUUCUCUUCUUAAAGCACUGUCAUUUAAACAUGAACCUGAAGUAUUCAAAAUUGAAUUCAGGUUUUCAAGACAAAAGCAUGGCAAAGGAGUGUCAGAUGCAGUGGAAACCUUUGUCUUUCUGAAAAGUAAAGUCUCAAGAAGGAAGAACAGAAAUGGCAUGCUUUAUCCAUCAUCCUUAGACUGCAGUGAACUGUUUAAAGUAGCAGGUAUCAUGAGUAGUCACAAUUGUGUUAACUCUUGAAGCGGUGCGGGUGUGGGUGCUGACUACUAUAGCAUCAAAAAUUGCUUCAGGAUUGUUUUGGUACCUGUAUUUAUAAUAAAAAGAUGUUGGGUAUUGACGAAUCUCUGUUAAAAGCUGUUCCUGUUUGUUACAUGUAACAGACAUGAUAAAUAUUUGUUUACAGUCUUUGUUUAAUAAAACAUACUUAGAAGUUUUAAGUGAAGUCAACAAAAAGGAAAUAGGUGUAUGGAUAUGUGAUUCUGAGAUUAAAGUUAGUCUUGAAAUGUAAAUAAAAUAUGGAAUGUGUCCUCA